UUCAUUUGAACAUUUCGUUUUUUAAUGGAAGCAAAAUAAAAGAAAUUUAUACAAAAAAAUGUUUGCACAAGUUCCAGCUAGUUCUAAUUCAGGUCCAGCGAAUAGACCAGAAUUGUAUGAGGAAGUGAAGCUAUACAAAAAUGCGAGAGAAAGAGAAAAUUAUGACAACAUGGCAGACUUGUAUGCAGUCAUCAACACCUUGCAGAGUUUGGAGAAAGCCUAUGUGAAAGAUGCUAUACAUCCUAAGGAGUAUACAGGAGCAUGUUCCAAGUUACUGGUUCAGUUUAAAGCAGCAUUUAGACAAGUUGCAAAAGAUUUUCCUGAUGUUGAAGCAUUCAUGAAAAAAUACAGGCUUGAUUGUCCCCUGGCUUUGGAGAGGAUCAGAGAAGAUCGACCAAUCACAAUUAAGGAUGACAAAGGCAACACUAGUAAAUGUAUAGCAGAUAUUGUCUCGUUAUAUAUAACAGUCAUGGAUAAGUUGAGAUUAGAAAUUCGAGCUAUGGAUGAGAUACAGCCAGAUCUGAGGGAGUUGAUGGAUGCUAUGUGUAGAUUGAGUAUACUGUCUGCAGAUUUUGAGGGCAAACAGAAGGUUCAAACAUGGUUAGAUCGGUUCAGCAGUAUGUCAGCAUCGGAAGAGUUAGAUGAUACACAAGUACGACAGAUGCUGUUUGAUUUAGAGUCAGCAUACAAUGCUUUCAACAAAGUUCUUCAUGAUCACUAACUUCUAAUCAUAUUAAAAAAUUUCCAUGUGAAUAUUAUUAUAAACUUUCACAAGUCAUUUUUCCAGGUAUGGAAAUUAUAAAACUUGUGUUGAAAGACUGUGCUGGAAUUCAGCUUUGACAAUGAUCAAUUUGAGAAACAACCAAUCAGAUGCUGGAUAUCUGAGACUUUUCAAGAAAGACAGUUUUCUUUUUUGGAAUUUUUAGCUGGUGAAAAACGAUAUAUUGUGAAUCUAAGUAAAAACUGAGUCAAAAUGUGAUUGACCAAACACGUAUAAGUAUUUGCCACAUGCAUCUUAUAUGCACUUUUAUAUGUAAUGAUAAAAACUUUAAGAAAAUACAUUUUAAGUAGAGCUUGUCUGUGAAAUGUGCCAUUUAUAAAGAUGUAGGCAGAAUUUAUACGACACCAAGGCAGAAGUUGUUAUUGUCUCCAAAAGAAAUGUUUUGAUCUUUAUAUUAUGCUAGUAUUUGAGAGAGAAAAAACACCAAGGCAGCUGCUUCAGUUUGCCUCAGUAGUUAUGUUACUGUUUUAUUUAUUUCUUUAUAGUGGAAGUUAAACUUCUCAUUCGUGAAAAUGUUGCUUCUUUAGAUAUGUGCUUGCAAAAAGUUUUGAUGCAGAUAAAAUAAUAAAAAUGCUUUUUCUAAAUUUAAUUUGAGACUUGUCGUAAGUCAGUGUUUUUCCAUUAAGUAAUGUUAAGUAUUGGUUUCUUUAACGGUCCUCACAUUUAUUGGAUUUUUAGAGAGAAAUGUUUCACCUAAAAUUUGUGAUAGAGUCACUUUAAACAUUAGAGGCACAAGGAACAGUUUCAUGUGUUGAAAUAAGCAGACUAUUAGCCUAUAUUUUGAUGAAAUAUAAUCUGUUGAUUUAACACUUUACCAUGUGCAAUUCUGGUAAUGCACUUUGCUUGGUUUUUAUGGUUGAUUAUAUAUGUAACUAUUCUUGUUAAAUUAAGAGCUUAGUAGAAAACAAUUGUAAGUUGUUCUGUACAGAAAUUUGAUCAACUAGAAGUCAUGUCUUCAUGUUGUUUGUCCAAAUAACAUAGAAUAAAACCUAGAUUUGGGGUACAGAAAUGUAAAAUAUGUCACAAUUGAAUGACAACCUUUGUGUCAAUAAAAAAACAGAAUAUUACUAUUUUUCAAUAUUUUUCAUGAAAAUCAGUUUAUAGCUUGAGGUUCUAUUUAGUAACAGGGAAAAUAUUUUAAGUAUAAGCAAAUUGACAUAAACAGUUUAAUUAACAACAUGAUUAACCUUUAGCCUGCUGGUGGCAAAUGAUUCUGCCUUUGCGGCCACUGCAGACCAGGAUGCACAUCUGUGCAGUCUGAUCAUGGUCUGCACUGUUCGCCAUUCAGUCAGUAUCAUUUUGGUAAUCACCCAUUUUAACAGUUAAUGGUACUGUCCAAAUUGAAAGAUGGACAAGUUCAUUAUAGAAAUUUAGCAGGGUAAGGAUUAAAAAGAUGUAAAUUUCAAACCAUGGGAAUGCUAAGUAAAAUCUAUAUUGUUGAACUAUACAUGAAAAUGUCAUCAAAAUUGUAUACUUUCCCAUAGAUUACUAUUACGAAAUUUCCUUGAGGUUAAAUAUUCUCAAUCUGUCCAAAAAAUCAAGCACACAUUCCUAUUUUUACUGGCUUCACAUAUUAAGUAAAUCCUGAAAUUUUGAAAAUUUAGGGUUCAGUCAAAUUGUUCAUUUUAGGAAAUAAUUUUAUUCAAACAUGCAGAACUACUCUAAAUGUAAUUAAUGAAAAGCAGUUUUCUGCUAAGCCCUUGAAUGUGUAAUAAUGUAAAUAUUUCUUGUGUAAAUUAUUUUUGUUACUGAAUUAGAUACAGUAAAUGUGUUACACUUAA